AUGAGCGAAGAAUAUAUGGAAGAUACGCAUAAACCCUUUGAAGAUGAAAAAGAAAUAAAUGAGAAUCAUUCAAAUAAUCAUGAUAUCAUUAAUAUGGAUGAUGUUAGAAAUGAAAUGAAAGAUGGAUUUAUAUUAAAUAAGAAAUAUGAACAUAUAGAGAGUAACAGCGGUUCUGUUUGUAGUGAUAAAUAUAAUGUAGAGAAUGUAAUAGACUUAAAAAAGAAAAAAGAGGAGGAUACAGAUUCUUCAUAUUAUAAAAAAACAUUAGAUGAUAUAUAUGACACAAGUGAUAUAUCAACAGAUGAUAUACUUAGUAAUUAUAAUAGUUCUGAGAAUGAGGAUAGUGAUAAUAAUAUUCAGAUGAAGAUGAUAAAUGAUAGUUUUUUAAAUGAAGAUAAUAGAUAUUAUGGCGAAUGGAGUGAUGAUAUUAUAAAUGUAUUAUCUGAUGAUAUAAAGAAGAAAGAAAAACUUUUAGAAGAUGAAAAUAAAGAUAUAUUUAAUAUGAAAAAUCGUUAUUUGAAAUUAGAAAAAUAUGUAAAUAUUAAAAAGAAAAAAAUAAAAAAUAUCAAAAAGAGUAUUGAAGAAAAGAAAAAAAUUGAGUUUGAUCAAAAAGAAAUAUUAAAAUGUCUACAAGUUAAAAAUAUGUUUAUAAAAAAAGAAAAUAAAAAUAUCAAAUUAGAAAGAGAAAAAAAUAAUAAGAAAAUUAUAGACACAGAAAAUGAUAUAACCACAUGUGAGAAAAAUAUAGAAGAUAUCAAAAAAGAAUUAAUGCUUAAAGAGAGCGAAUUAAAUGAUUUUAUAAAUAAAAUAAAAAUUAUUCAACAAGAAGAAUAUGAAAUAGAAAAAAUAAAAUUAUCAAAAGAUAAAGAAAUACAAAAUGUAUCAUAUAAUUUAGAAAAAUAUAAUAACCAAAAAAUAGAAGAAGACAAAAAAUAUGAACAAGUAAAAAUGAAUAAUAUGAAAUUUGAUAUAGAACUUAAAUCAAUAGUACAAGAAUAUUAUGAUAUAAAAAAAGAUAUUAAAAAUAUUUCAAAUAAAUAUAAAUGUAUCAUAAAUAUGAUAACAUGUAGAGAUAAAACUAUCUAUACAUUUGAAAAAGAUUAUAGAAAAACUAUAAAUAAACAAAAGGUUUUACAAAAUAAAUGUGCACAUAAAGAAAAUCUUAUAAAUACACAAAAAAAUAAAAAUAGUAUUUUAAAUGAUGAAAUUAAAAAAAUUCAAUUUGAUAUAAAUAAAAUAAGAAAAGAAUUAAAUGAACAACAAAUAACAUAUGAUCAAUGUAUUAUAGAUUCAGAUCAUUUAAAUAAAGAAUAUGAAUAUGAAAUAUAUGAAAUCAAAGAAAAAUUACAAGAAGAAAAAAAUACUCUAGAAAAUACAUUACAAAAUUUAAAUGAUACAUAUAUAACUAUGUCAAAUAAUUAUGAAGAAUCAAAAAAGGAAUAUCAAAAAGAACAAUUAAAUAAUAUUGAAAAAAAUGAUUUAAUAAAAUCUACAGAACAUAUUCUAGUUCAAUUAGAAAAUAAAUUACAAAGUUUGUUAGAUGAAAUUAAAAAUCUAGAUCUAGAAAAAUUUCAAUUAACUCAAUCAUUACAAAUAAUAAAAAAUGAUUAUAUAACAUUAGAAGCAGAUGUUUUAGGUACACAAAUCAAAAUUAAACAAAUAAAAAGUAAUAUUAAAAAGACAGAAAAAGAAUUAGAAAGACAAAAAGAAAUGUUAUACAAAUUUGAUUUCCAGACACAAGUUCUAACAAAAAAAAUAAACACAAUCUCAGGUAUUAGUACCUUUGAAAGAAAAAAAGAAAAUCAAAAAAAAAUCUUAUUAUUAGAAAAAGAGUUACACAAAAAUGAAGAUAUAUAUAAUACAUUAAAUAAUGAAAUGAAAAGAAUUAAUAUAGAAAUAAAAAAUAUUAAAAUAUAUCAAAAUGAAUUACAAGAACAAAAAGUUAAUUAUAAAAAUGUAUAUGAAAAAUUACAAAUGGAAAUUAAAUCUUUAGAAAGUACAAUAAAUAAUGAAAUAAAAGAAAAAGAAAAUAUUAUACUUAUUGAAUUAAAUUUAAAAAUUGAAUUAGAUAAACUUAAAUCAACGUUUUCAAAACAUGUAGAUAAUUUAAAUAUAUGUAAAAAAAAAAAAAAAGAAAAUAUUAACAAUGCUAAAUUAUCUGAACAAGAUAUUAAUGCACAUAUGGAAUCUUUAAAAGUUAUCAUAAAAAAUAUUAAUGAUGAAAUACAUAAAUUAAAUAUACAACUCUAUGAAAAAAAAAAUAAAUGUAAUAAUCUACAACUAAAAUUAAAUAGUAUUAUCUUAUGUAACCAAACAAAUAAGGAACACAAAGACAUUUCUCCUAAUGAAAAUCAACAUAUAUAUUAUAAAAUGAAAAUCGAUCAAGAUAUUAUUAAUUUAAAAAAUCAAUUAAAACAAAUAGAUGAACAAAUUGACAAAGAAAAUAUGGAAACUAAAAACUUUCAAAGAACAUUAGAUGAUAUCCUACAAACAAAUAAAGAUUUCAAUGAUAAUAUUAAAUCUAUAGAUCCUCAAUAUAAAAUAUUAUUAAAAAAAAAAAAUAAAUUAAAUAAAAAAUGGCAACAAAUAAAUGAUCAUAUCAAUAAUCUAGAAACUAAUAUAAACGAUUAUAAUAAAAAAAUUAAAGAAGGAGAUUCACAACUCAACAAUAUACAAUUACAGUGUCAAGAUAUUGAAGAAAAAAUUAAUAAAAUUAAAGAAAAUAAUUUAAAGCUAGAAAAUAAUAUAAAUGAUUUAUUUAUUAAAAUUGAAAGAGCAUCAAAUCAAUUGAAAAAAAAUUUAACACCUACUAACAAUCAGAUGAAAUUAAGAAAUAAGCAAAUCAAAAAUCAUGAAAAUAAUAUAUCAGACAACAACGAAAACAAUAACAACAAUAAUAAUGAUAAUAAUAUUGAUAUUAAUCAUGAACCAAUUUCUUUGGAAAAACAAAUUUUCAAGCAAAUACAAAUGGAAUCAUUAAAAGAAAAAUUAUCUCUACUUAUGGAAUGUUUUAAAACCAAUAUUGAUAAUGUAAUUAUUAAGGAGGUAUAUAACCUUAUAGAAACAGCAGAAUAA